UGCCUAUGUAAUCAAUGUCAGUUUUAUGUACGCAGUCUGUAGUCGUAGAAACAUUAAACAAUAUGGCGGCCUACGAUUAAAUACCACAACUCCUGUUCUGGAACAAUAAAAUCAUUCAAGAUGACGACUGCAGAGAGAUUAAAGACCCCGCUGCUCUUUCCCUGUGCAGCCAGGGUAAAGGUGCCGCAGCUCGGGUCAGAAGAUUCUGAUCUCAAACCUGGUCAGAAAAGUAGCCGCUACGCUCCAGAGACAAUAGUUUUCAGAAAUCCAUCUGAGCCAUCAGAUCCUAUCAGUAAAGAUUAUUUAAAAAAGGUUUCUUUUGAUUUAGUCUUUGAAGAAGAAGUUGUGAAAGAGAGAUGCUUUCAUGCUUUACCAUAUGAUGAGAAAUAUUUGUCUGAAGCUUUUGAUAUUGGAGAUAUUGUUUCUCUUCCUCAAAGAGCUAAGAUUCCGGUUGGUAGGCAUAAUUCACGUGGGGUAGAUGUGAGACAUAUGCCAUGCAAUCUAACAAAGUCAACAAAGCCUCAUCUUAAACCAUUAAGAAGAAAGAUUACAGAGAGAGCUCAACAAAUGCAUUUUGAAGCUCUGAAACGUGAGGAAUUAAGGGAAAUCCAAAAAAGAAUACAAGAAAAGCAAAUCAUGCUUGAAAGAGUAGAAGAACAGAUUGAAGAAAGGGAAGAAGGUGAUGACACAGAAAGAGAAGGUGUGUUCUUAACAGAAACUAAACCUGAGAAAAAAUCAGCCACUGUUAAAACAGAAACUGCAUUGACAACUGCAGUCAGUGAGAAAGAGCCAAUAGUCGAAAUGAAAUCUACAAGAAAAGCUAGCACUCUUCAGGAAGAUGUAACUGAAGAAACUGAAAAGCGCGGGAAUGAUUGGGAUGCAUAUCUUAUGUCUAUUAUUAGUUCUAACACAGCCAAUUGGAUUGUUUAUGAGAAAACUCCAGCAGGUGCACAGGAUAGGGAAAAGUUGGAAAACCUGUUAAAGAAAUGGUAUGGCACACCUGAGCACACUGAUCUUGUCAGGGAAGAUAUGAGUGAUAAUGAAGCUGAAUCAGAAGAAGAAGUAAAGACGCCAAAGAAAAAAUGGACCAAAAAAGAAGCCACAUUGCUGCAAAAAGUGUACAACCUUGAGGAAGAUGAGCCCCAUUCUUUAGAUCCAUAUUCAGAUGACAAUAAGGCCCCAUUUUACAGGCAACCUGCUGGGCUUAGACGAGCCCGCAAACAUGAAGUAAAAGAGGAAUUAGUGUCUAAGAUGAAGGGAGCUAUUAACACCACUGCUGCCAAUAUUGAAGUGAGAACUUUCAAGCCGUCACCUCCACCCACACUUCGAGACUUUAUGAACCCAGAGGCUGGUAGCUACAUUCUAGAAACAGACAAUAUGUUUCAACAAGAACAACUAACAGGAACAGAGCAGGUGUUUGAUGCAUUCGGUGAUAAAAGUAAAAUAUUAAUGGAGACACAGAAUAAAUACAAGAAGGAACUACAGCCUGGUUUCCCACAACCACCAGAGCAAUGGUUCCCGCUUACAGAGGCAGAAAGACAAGAACAGUUGAAAAACAAGAAAAAACAGAGAAAACAUCAUCGUGGGCACAGACGAUGGAAGAAACUGCCAGAGCCCAUAGAUGACACAGCCGAGUUACUGAGCAUACAGGCACCUGGCACCGAGUUUGACUUUGAGAAGUCGGCUGAUCCUCGUACCAGAAAGACAGCCAAGAAUAACGCAUCGCUCAUGCAAAUCACAAGUGCAGCGCAACAACUUAAUUUCUCCGACAGAGGAAGUAGUUUAAAGGAGUACAACCCAGAAGAAUUAUUAAAAAAGUUGCAGGAUAAGAAACGAAUGGAGAAAAUCUAUGACUCCAAAUAUAUAAUUGAUGAAUGGAGAACAAAAUGGCAUUUAACUGGUCAGUUUGUGGACAGUACACCGGAUGACCUGAUUAACGACAUGGCAGAUAUCCAGUCACAUGUUCGACUCAAGGCCAUAGCCACCUGUGCCAAGGCUUCGGACUAUAAACCACCAGAAGAUCAUGGUAUUCAACUUGACUAUUUGGAUAAAAGUGAUGAAAAAGAUAAUUUACCAGAGAAACUCUUUGUGGCCCUUGAGUGUCUUCUUGAAGACCCUGUGGAAAAGGUGAAAACUGCUGCGGCCAUUACAUUAUAUUCUCUGAACCGGCCCUCUAAACCGGCUGAAGAAAUACUUUAUUCGGCAAUGCAGAGUGAUAAUCCGGUAGACAGAUGGGCAGCGGCGCAGUGCCUUGCUCAUUAUGGCGUCUGCGACUCUGACGUUGUUGGGGAGAUAUUACGUCAGGUCAUGACGACAGAGGAUACAAUAAAACAUGAACGAGGAAUCAGUAUGCUCGGAAUUCUGAGCAUCACGUCUAGCCUUGUUCAUUCUAUGGUUGCCGAGCAACUAAAUAGUAGUAGCUGGAGACACAAAAUUAUAGCCUGUAAAAUACUGCCAACUCUUAGAGGAGACAUAAAUAGGGAUAUUACCAAUAAAUUAACAGAUCUCAUGUGGAAUGACUGGCAUUCAGAGGUGAGGAGAGCUGCUGCCCAGUGUCUUGGAAAGACCGGACAUGGGCGUGAUGUGCACGAUGAUCUUAGAAAUAGAAUAUUGGAAGGCGAUGAGAGAAUUAAGCUUGAAGCUCUCAGUAAAGUUGGACAGCUUGGUAUCAUGACAGCAAAAUUACUGCCAGCAUUUCUGAAGUGUUUUGAAGAUGAGUACGUAGCCAUUAGGUCUGAAGUUUGUAUAACAUGUGGUAAUAUAGCUAUAAAAGAUGAAGAAGUCAUCGCUAAAUUGAUCCAAUUAGCCACUUUCGACAACAUCUGGAAAAUCAAAGCACUGGCUUUUCAAGCCCUUGGGAAGAUUGGCGUGAUCACAGAGCAGAUAGUAGACUGUUUGCUGUGGGCCGUGAGAUAUGAGGAGAACCCAGGGGUACGAGCAGAGGCAUGCCACACCCUUAAAGUCCUCAAAGUGAAGACAGAGGAGGUGGCCGAUGUCAUUCAGGACAGAUACUUGGUCGAGUCUAACCAGAUGGUCCGAGAUGAGCUGGCAUCAACCUUGAAGAUGUUUGACAUCAGUGCAUCUGAAGACAUGGACAUGGUGGCACAGAUAAAGAAAGAAGUGAAGAAGUUGUGCACACGGAAUAUUAUAGCCUCACAAAUAACACUCAAUGAAAUGGACCAAGAUAAGCGAGAAAACCUUGCCAGGAUGAUUUACGAAUCAGAGAAAGAUAUGAAGUGGAAGGAAAGCAAGAAGAAGAAAAAGAAGCACACCAGAUUUACCCUAAAAUCAAUUUCUCGACAUCACCUCCAUCUAACUUCCAGUCUGAACAAGAUUUAUUACGAGCGGAGAAAACGUGUAGUCCCUUUUGUACUGUUUGUUUGUUCCAAGGAUCAUGAGAAGCCUCAGGAGCCAAUGAUGGAGAGGUUACGGAGCAUGAGUCAGGCCAGUAGCCACAAGAUGAAGCUUGAGUCUGUCCCAGCUUCACCGGAACCCAUCCUUAGAGAUACAGCCUUUACUCCAACAGCUGAUCAGGAACUGGAAGCUAUUUUGGCGAAGGAAGAUCUUACGAGUGGUAAAACCUCGCCUACAGAUACUGAGACGCCAGGCACGAAAUCUCGUGCAACAUCGGCAAGCACGAGGUUAGGCGAUGAAGAUGAGGAUGAGGAGGAGGAGGAGGAGGAGAAAAAAGAAACUGACGAUGAGGGUUUGGAUGAUGAAAAGAGGGGAAAAUCUAGUGAGGAGGACAGAUUACCAUCAACCUCCAGUCUGAGGUCAAGGUCAGCAGGGAUAAGGUCAGAGGUCGAGGGAGAAAUUGUUAAAGCAACUCAAGAUUUUGAUAGACCAACAAGUACUGUGAAGUUUGCAGAAACUCUCGAGGUUGCUGACAUUCCAUCAAGAUCAAUGUCCUCCUUAGGACCAUCUAGAAUGUCACUUAUGGACGAACAUGGAAAACCGUCGCGGACGAGCAUGACAACCGGAACAACAGGGACUGAAGGAAUGGUGUUUGGACGUGAUGCCGUUGUUGAGAGGGAAAAGAUUAAUGAAGAAGCAAGAAAUACAUUUGCUGUAAUGGAUAUGCGAUACAAAGAUAUGGUUCAGGAUUUGAUAGAUCUUGAUAAUGCAUUUGAACUAGGUUUGUUAGAAGGUGACAGACAAGACUUUGAAAAGAAAAUACAAAGUAUGAGAAUCAUAAAAACGCCACCUACAAAGAAUGGAGACAAAGAGAAAGUAGAACUUGCAGUGAAGAAAAGUUCAAGUGGUGUAUCAGUAACUGAAAAGCCUAGCAAAGAUGCAGCACAGAGUAGUGAAGUCAGUGUAAGCAAUGUACCUGAUGUUAACAGUGAAGUUAUAGAAGGAAAUAAAGAGGUACCUGAAGUUAAGAGUGAAGUUAUAGCAGGAAAUAAAGUGGAAGAGACAAAGAAGGACAAAGAAAAUGAGGAAGAAAUGGAUAAACAAGAACUACCUGAUAACAAAGCCUCUUCAGAAACAAAUGUGGUAAAAUCUGAUGUAGAAAUUGUGGUAACUGAGGCUAAAGACAAUAGUGAUCGGUCCGAUUCUUAAGUCUUGUUUUUUUUGCAUUUUUUUGUUAAUUCUUUUACUUUGCUAUAAUUGGUUUUAUAUUGAUAAAUGACCUUUUUAUAAUAUAAAUUUUAAAUUUGUAUGACUAUUUCUGAAUAUGAUUUAGUCUAAGGUGAUUUAAGUAUUGUAAUAUAUUAUUAUUUGAAAUAAAUAAUAACAAAACGAAAAUCUGAAAGAAAAAUUUAAGUUUCAACAUAUUUAUCUUAGUUUGAUUAAGAUAAAAGCUUGAAGGUUAUUUUAACAACUCCGAAGUCCACUCCAUGAAACUAACCAGUACUGGUGUCAUUUGAAGAAACAGAAGGGCUUGGACCUUUGAUCUCUGGUUUGAGAGGCACACACCUUAAGCACUAUGCCGGCACUCCCCAUGUAAUAACAUUUAUUGAAUAUAUAUGUUUUAGGGUUUCCUUUGAAUAAUUAACUCUAAAUGUGUACACUGAAUAAAAUAUAAAAAUAUAUACUAAUAAUAUAUAUUGUAAAUUGCUCACUGACCCUUUUCAGAAAUUUCUUUCUAUUUUUGUGUUCAUAUGUCAGUUGUAUAUGGAACACUCGUUUUGUUGUCAUGAAAAUUAAGAUGAAAGGAAUAAGUUGAAGGGUUUUACUUGAACUAUUGAACCAGUCACUGUGGUGUUUGUUAUAGACUGGGUUACUGCCAAAUGUCAAACUUUUGAUGUAUUUAACACUCUCCAUGGGUUUAUUGUGAUGGGACUAACAGACAAUGUUUUUAUAAGAAGGUGAUAAUCAGUAUUGGUGUUUUGACAUUUUUUGUGGCAUUGUGUUUGUUGUUAAGAUAAAAAUUUCAGAUGUUUUGUCAGAUGUUUGAUGUGUGUAAGUAAUAAAUAUAAUGUAUUUCUCAUGGAAUCAUGGAAUUUGGCAAGACAUAUAUCUACCAGGACCUCAGGUGUCAUGAUUUGGGUAGUCUGUUUGGUUAACAUGAAUGAUUUGAUUCUCUUUUGAUAGAAUGAUUUUUUAAUGUUUUUAGGAAUGACUUCAUAAAUGGAUUUAUGAAUGAUUUUGUGAAUUAUUGUAUGAAUAUCCAACCACCAAAUUGAAGUGAUGAAUAAUUUUAUUCAUUGUUCAUUAACAAUUUUAUGAAUGAUUUUGUUAAUGUUCCCUUCCCCUCAGUGGUUUAAUAAAUGAUUUUAUGAAUUAUUCAGUAACAAUUUCAUGAAUGAUUUAUGAAAGAUUUCACAAAUGAUUUUUUAAAAAUGUUUUCAGGAAUGAUUUUAUUUGUUUAAGUUAUUAAAAUUUAUGUGCACAUUAAGUCUGUUUCAGUUUUUUGUGCAAAUAUUUUAUUGCCAUGCACAUGAUAAUGAUUUUUUUAAGUAUUAUAAUGCUACAGCAUUUUCUGUGAUAUAUUUAAACAUGUUAAAAAUGUUUGUUUUGUUUAAAGAUUGUUUCUGGUAUUGACUGUAAAUCUUGUAAAAAAGUCUGAGCCUUCAGUUUUAUACCUUGUUUCAGCAGUAUUGAUUGACUUAAAGUGGCAUGCCUCCAGAUGAGUGAAAUUAAUUUUCAAUAAAUUUAAAGUUAAAAGAACUCCACUGAGGUCUGAGAGCCUUAACAUAUAAAAUUUGAAUUUCUCAGAUCAGCUUGGGCACUUAAAAUAGAAAGAUAUGCAAAUUAAAGGUAAAUAAGAAAUAAUUACUCAGAAACAAAUUGAAAAUGAUACUCUUAGCCAGAUUUUUAGUGAAAAGCAUUGCAACAGUUUGGGUCACUUUUCUGUACAAAAUCUGCUGUGGUCAUAGCAGUAUCGUAAAAUGGCUGCCAUUUACAGUAUCAAGUGAUUAUCCCAAGCACCACCGCGACUUUGCGCGGGAAUUUUAAUUAUAGCUAACCUCAGCGCGUCGCAUAGGAUGGAAAAUACCUUUUUCAUAUUUUAUUGUAAUAAAUAUUUACAAACUGUGUCUUUCGUUUUUUUUAUCAAUAUAUAACCAAUAAUGAUGUUAAUAUGAAUAAAUAAUAAUAUAUCAAAACUGUGACUAUGAUUUACAAUGAAAUUCUACCUUAAGUGUAUUAAAAAGGUUUUUUAAUUUCCUGUAAUUUUAUUUUGUGCUUCAAAGCAGUCAAUUGACCGUGAAUUUUCUUUUCAUAUUUUGAUUUUCUUGAAAUCAUUUUUCUCAUCUGAAGGCAUGCAACUUUAAUAUGAUGAUACAUUAAUUACAUUCCAUGAAAAUGUUUAAAGAUAUAAAAUAUCUCAUGACAUGUUUGUUCAUUUUACAUGACACCUUUAAUUCAGCAAACAUAAUGUCUUCACAAAAAGUAGUAUGCAAUCGUACCUAUAUUACAUACAAAUGUAUGUAAUAUUUUUCUUGUUAUAAGUAAAAUAAUUAUUCUGGAAAAAGGAGUUAGUGAAUGAUCUGAAAGUAUCCAAACAAGUUAUUGGUUAAGACCUACAUCAAAUGGAACAAUUUAUCUUAAAAAAUUAUUUUCAGACCCAUGUUAAAAAAAAAAAACACGAGUGGAGUCCCUUUAAAGAUAAAAUAUUUUAUUUAAAAAAAAGUGUAUAAGUAGUUACAAUCCAGGUGAAACCUGGAAUAUAUUUACCCAUGUAUCCUACACAAUUUAUUAUUUUAACCCACAAGGGUCUACACUGAUAGAAACAGAGUAAUAGGAAAUUAUACAUAUGAUAAUAAUGAUAAUAAUAAUAAUGAUAAUAUUAAUGAUAAUAAUAACAAUAAUAAUAUGUUGAUGAUUUCUGUUAAUAUAAUGUAUGUAAGGCUAUAUGCGCACUUGUAACAGCAAGUUGCAAAUUUGUUGUUAAAAAAGCAUUUGUUGUUAUGAUUUUCCUUUUUUUAAGUUUCCAUAAAAACCCCAACACAAAUGUGGUGGUGUGCUGCUUUAGAAAGUUAUGUUGUGUUGAACAUAAUAGCAUUACAGAUUUAUAUGACAUAUAUGUUUUAUGAUAUUAUAUGUUAAAUUACUAUUUACAUGAAUAAAUUAUGUAGAAUAUUAUAAAGGUGAAAAUAA